GACGGCGCCCGGGCACGGGAGCUCGCGCUGGGGCCGCCGCCGCCGCUCGCGCCGCCGCCGCCUCCCGUCCCCUCCCCCGCGCGCCCCUCCUCCCCCCGCGCGCCCCCUCCCCGCCGGCCGCGGCGCCAUCCGGUGUUAUGAGGCGGCCCUGAGGGGCGGCGGCCUGAGGGGAGCGCAGCCCGGCGGGAGCCCGGCGCGGCCCGGCAGGGCGACGGGGGUCUCGCUUCGCCUCGCCGGCCAAACCCAUGACUACGGCAAACUGCGGCGCCACCGACGAGUUCGACUUCAGGCUGAUCUUCGGAGAGGACGGGCAGCCCGGCCCCGGGCCGCCGCUGGGGCCUGCAGAUCUUGAGUCAGAUGACUGUGCUUCUAUAUACAUCUUCAAUGUAGACCAACCAUCAUCCUCUGUAAAUCAGCCAAUAUGUAUUCCUCGUCAUGGAUUGCAGUCUCACUCCUCUCCCCUGUCACCACCUACAAGACUCCAGGGUCACAAGAACUAUGAAGGACCUGUUGAAGUACCAGACUCCAAAUACAGCCCACUAGGUGGGCCCAAAGCCUUCGAGUGCCCUAGUAUUCAAAUUACAUCAAUUUCACCCAACUGUCAUCAAGGGAUUGAAGCCAAUGAUGAUGAAUUGCACACAAAUGGCACAGAAAAUGAGUAUAUGGAAAGGCCUUCACGGGACCAUCUCUAUCUUCCUCUUGAGCCAUCAUAUAGGGAAUCUUCCCUUAGUCCAAGCCCUGCCAGCAGCAUUUCAUCUAGAAGUUGGUUUUCAGAUGCUUCCUCUUGUGAAUCCAUUUCCCAUGUUUAUGAUGAUGUAGACUCAGAGCUAAAUGAAGCAGCUGCUCGAUUUACACUUGGCUCUCCUUUGGCGUCUCCUGGUGGUUCUCCGAGAGGUCCCAGUGACGAGUCUUGGCAGCAGCCUUAUGGAUUUGGGCAUGCCUUGUCUCCUAGACAAUCUCCCUGUCAUUCUCCUAGAACUAGUAUUACAGAUGAAAACUGGCUAAGCCCUCGACCAACAUCAAGGCCCUCAUCAAGACCUACAUCCCCCUGUGGGAAACGACGACACUCCAGUGCUGAGAUUUGCUAUGCAGGUUCUCUCUCUCCUCACCAUUCUCCAACUCCAUCACCUGGCCAUUCUCCCAGAGGAAGCAUAACAGAAGAUACGUGGCUGAACACUUCCAUCCAUAAUGUACAAGGCCUUAAUUCUGGCCUUUCACCAUUUCAGUGUUGUACAGAGACUGACAUUCCUCUAAAAACACGAAAGACCUCGGAGGAUCAGACUGCCACUUUAUCUGGAAAAAUAGAUAUCUGUCCUGAAGAGCAGGGUAACUUAUCGUCAUCCCUUGAAACGGCAGUAGAUGACUGCUCUGGAUCUCAGCACACCUUGAAAAAAGAUCUGCCUGGAGACCAAUUUCUUUCAGUUCCUUCGCACUUUACUUGGAACAAACCAAAACCUGGUCACACUCCUAUAUUUCGCACGUCUUCAUUGCCACCUCUUGACUGGCCAUUACCAAGUCAUUAUGGGCAGUGUGAACUGAAAAUAGAAGUCCAACCUAAAACUCAUCACAGAGCUCACUAUGAAACAGAAGGAAGCAGAGGAGCAGUAAAAGCAUCUACUGGAGGACACCCUGUAGUGAAGCUCCUGGGCUACAGUGACAAGCCAGUAAACCUGCAGAUGUUCAUCGGCACCGCAGACGAUCGCUACUUGAGGCCUCAUGCGUUCUACCAGGUGCACCGAAUCACUGGGAAAACAGUUGCAACAGCUAGUCAAGAGAUAAUAAUUGCCAGCACCAAAGUUUUGGAAAUCCCACUUCUUCCUGAAAACAACAUGUCAGCCAGUAUCGAUUGUGCUGGUAUUUUGAAACUCCGCAACUCAGAUAUAGAGCUCCGUAAAGGAGAGACGGAUAUUGGAAGAAAGAAUACCAGAGUGCGACUUGUGUUUCGUGUUCACAUCCCCCAACCUAGUGGAAAAGUCUUAUCUCUGCAGACUGCUUCCAUACCUGUUGAAUGCUCUCAGCGAUCUGCUCAAGAACUUCCUCAGAUUGAGAAGUAUAGCAUCAAUAGUUGCUCAGUAAAUGGAGGCCAUGAAAUGGUGGUGACAGGAUCCAAUUUUCUUCCAGAAUCCAAAAUUAUAUUUUUUGAAAAAGGACAAGAUGGACGGCCUCAGUGGGAGGUAGAAGGGAAAAUAAUUAGGGAAAAGUGUCAAGGGGCAAACAUCAUACUUGAAGUUCCUCCGUACCAUAACAAAACCAUUACAGCUGCAGUCCAGGUGCAGUUUUAUCUCUGCAAUGGCAAGAGGAAAAAAAGCCAGUCUCAACGUUUUACUUACACACCAGUUAUAAUGAAGCAAGAGCACAGAGAUGAGGUGGAUCUGUCUGUUCCAUCUCUGGCCCUGCCUCACACAAGCAACGUCCAGGGCCUGCAUUCUAUGCGAACUCCAUUGCCUUCCCCAGAGCAAGGGCAUCCACAUGACAACCUACUGUCUACGUCCCCUCGGAGCCUCGUGUGUCCCGUUCAACCUCCGUACACAGCGAUGGUGACCUCGCCAGUAUCCCACCUGCCACAUAUGCAAGGUAGAAACCUUAGUCCAAGUGAAGAGUGUCAUGUUUUGCCUCCUGCUGUGGUUCAGUCUUUUCAGGUAACAUCAGCACCUCCCGUGAGGCCUUCUUACCAGCCUAUGCAGUCUAACGAUGUGUACAAUGGACAGCCUGGUCUUCCUAUGAACUCUGCCUCCAGCCAAGGAUUUGAUACGCUUUCAUUUCAGCAAGACACAGCUGUACCUCAUUUGAUAAGCCUCAGCUGCCAAGCUCUACCACCCAUGCAGUUUCAUUCUUCAAAUCCAGGUUCUGUGUCAACAUCGAGUACAGCAGGGCACCCGCUAGCACACCCAGCUCAUUCAGGACAGUCCUCUUCCCACCUCCCAUCCAUGGGAUACCACUGCCCAAGCGCCGGGCAGGGCUCCAUCCCUUCUGCAAUGAGUCGAUCCCUCGGGCAGUCCUCUCCCCAGCUGCAGCAAGUCUCAUACCAUUCUACAAAUCCAGCAUCUGCUUCAUCCCCAUCCCCAACAGCUUCUCACCCUUUGGUCCAUUCACCACUCUCUGGACCUUCUUCACCCCAGCUACAACCUCUGCCUUACCAAUCUCCCAGCUCAGGACCUGCCUCUUCUCCCCCGCCGCCCACCGUGAGCCACUCGGCACAGCCGUCCCCGCAGGCGCACAGCCCAGCCCUGGCCCUGGCGCACCACGGCGCCUGCGACUCCUCUCCCUUCUCACCAGACGGGGCAGCUAUUAACAUUAAACCAGAACCAGAAGAGCGAGAGCUGAAUUUUCAAACCAUAGGUCUACAAGACAUCACACUAGAUGAUGACAGUUUUAUCUCUGACCUGGAAUACCAGCCAUCAGGUUCAACAGAGAAAUGGACUCAACAUUCAGCACUCAUGUCCAACUCCUAUGUGGAAAAUCUAGAGGUGAACGAGAUCAUAGGAAGAGAUAUGUCACAAAUCUCAGUGUCACACGGAACAACAGCGGCCGGCCAGUCUGCACGGACAUGUCCUGGGUCUCUGGAGACAAGAGUAUCUGAUGGAAUCCAGUAAUGGAUAAGCUUACACCUAAACAUCCAUGAAAACUUCACAGUUUCUCUGAAUAUUUCUUCAUCCUCUUCCUCUUUAGACUUACUGUGCUUCCAACUCUGUGGCCUUUAUGAACUGGAACAGUGGAUCCUUGCAAAGCCCUUUUAGUGGGUUACAUUUUUGAUGUAGAGACAGAGCAUUUUAAUUAUAGUUCCUCAGAUGCUGUAAAGAGACUUCUUAAAAUGGACACACAGAAUCUACACCAGAUAUUUUAACUGUUUUAAAGUUACAAACGAGCUUUGCUUUUUGCAUUUAAAUAGAAUACUUUUAUAUUUUAAGUGCUUCAGAUGUGUGGAGAUGUUAGUUUGCUCUUAUAAUAUUCACAGUACCGAACGUGGAGAAAGAUUUAAUACACAUCUUCAGUGUGCUGCUUUCCCUUAGAGGUAGUAUAGUUUGUAACUGAUGAUUUGUAACACCUUUUGGUCAUUUUGGAAAGCCUUUAAAGCUUCUAUUGUUUAAUUUUUUUAUAAUGCAAUCUUCCAGUGGCAAAUCAUUACCUGUCAUCUGAAGCCAAGGCCCUGGAAGCCAUUGUGUAUGCAAAUACUGUAGUGUUUUCUUUCUUAGAGUCAUAGGAAGCAAAGCCAAAUGUAGAUCUGCACUUGUUUAUAAACUGAAAAUGUUACUUGAUAGGCUGCAAAAAGACCAUUCCAUCAUGAAAGUGUUGGGAUAGAAAUGACAUUCCAAAAUUUACCUUUUGUAACUUUGUGGUAACCUUCCCGUUCUUUCUUAGCACAGGCUCCUUCUUGAAAUAGCUUUUUCUUAGAAAGUGACAUUUGUAAUCAAAUCUGAGCAGUAGGAUUUUAGAUUAAGGAACAGCAACAUCAAAGCCAUGUUAAAUACAGGAGAAACGUAGGUGUUUUUCUGAGGAUCUGUGUUCCCAUCAUCCCUGCAGAAUAUGGGUGUGAAAGCCCCACGGCAGCGGCGUUCCAGUUCUCCAUGCAAUAAAUCCUUCGGUCACAUCUCUAUCUUUUAUACGCUGUAUACCUGGCCUUGCCACUUGGAAGUCCAAAGGAGGUGACAGUCACAGCUCCUUCAAUUUAAGCUGUUUCCAAGCAUCACUUUGCUAAAAAAAUCAUGUACUGUGAAUGAGGGAUUAGGUAGUAUCCUUUGCCCACGUGAGAUUUUAAAUGUGUGAAGCAGAAGCUACCAAAGAAACCCCCAGGACUGAUGGCAGCAGUAAACCUGUGCUGUGCUCAGAGGAUGAGUUUGAAACCAUCUGUUUACAGAGUUAACAACAAUCUCAGGCCUCUAUGAUUAGCAACCUAGGAGAGGAUCUGAAACUGCCUGCUUAGGCCACAAACAUUGCCUUUCCCCUGGAAGACACUGUUGUUUACAAAGCUUUCUGAUAUGGAACAUACAGGGUAUGACAGUCGUGGCAGAGUAAGCUCAGAAGCACAAGACGUUGAAGAUGUCAGUUUUAGUUCCUCAUUUGGGUGAGCCACGAUGCUCUGACUAAACCUGAGGUAAUACACUCAACAGCUUUGAAAUAUAGAAAGUGUAUUUGCAUUGAAACUGGUUCAGACAGUUGAGGACAUUUGAGUGGUGUAACACAGGUGGAGCACGUGCCUCAGAAAUUUACUGUAGACUCUUAAAAUUACAGUAAAAAGGUCUUAAAGUGGAAGCCAUUACUGAGUUAUAAUACCUGGGAAAGUAAACACAGAUUCUGCUGGUGCAUCUUGGCAGACAAUCAUGGGGAAAACUUUCCAUUGAGCCUUUUGCAGGCAGAACGUUCCGUUUGGUUUUCAGUCGGCACCUCUGCAGUAGCUCUGGUGCACCAGCCCGCUGGGAACUGUUCAAAAGAGGGAUGCUGUGUGAGUGGAAGUGUCACUCUUUAUCCUGUACCUCCUUCUAAGAGGAGCCUAAGGCUUCUGUCUUGAUGUUUCACGGUUACUUCAAACAACUUCAUGUGAGGCCACUACUUGUGUGCUGGGAAUCUUAAGCAUCCUUUUUGUGAAUGUAUUGCUCAGUGGUGCAAGCCUUUAAAUUUGCAGGAAAGAAGAAUUGGCAGGGCUGUGAUCUGAGGAGUGUGAUAUUCUGGUUGUCCCUCAGCAAUGGUGCUUUACUCUGUCCUCUACUUAUUUAUGUUAGGCAUCCUAGAAAAGGAUUCACAUGCUCAGAAGUACAUCUAGUUACGUUUCUAACACCUUAAAAACAAUAAAAAGACAAAAAGCCUCCCCACAACACUGUAAACUCUGUCCUCAGACUGUGUGCCAGUGGCAAGGCAUGUUCCAGUUUUCAGUCCUUACUGGGUCUUUUGCAUGAACCGUUGUUUGUAGGAGAAUUCUAAGUUAAAAGCUUUUCAUACUGUCUGGGAUUUAUGCUCCUUUAUCCUACUGGUACAGACUCUCCUUGCAAGUUCUCCAAGUAGCUGGAAUUCGCCCUGUACCUAAAAUAUAGGAGCCCAAGCAAUCCAGAGUUGCUAUGCACUAAAUUUUCUGAUGCCUUUAAAUACCUUGAUGCCUGUAGACAUAGAGAUGCUUUCCUAUUUAAAAAUGAAAUGAAAAAAAACCAUAUAGCUUUGGAUACUAAAGCAGUUUUGUAUUUGCCUUGUAAAAGCUUCAAUACAAGGGUCUUAAUUUUAUUGUAGCUUGUGUGAUAACGUAGGUAAAGACUGUUAAUCUUGUAUAAUUGUAGUGAUAUAAAAAGCACACAAUCUCUAUUGGACUAUGCAAAUUUAACUAAGCACCAGAACCCGGCAACUGUUGAUGUUUUGUUGGCAUCCACUUCCCUGCCCUUCAGUCCGUCCUUCUCCCCAGGUACUUUGACAAACCUCUUUUCCUAAUUUAGGUUAUGCUGAAGGAAAGCCUUAAUGAUGAAGUAGCUUUUCUAUAAGGAGGGUCAAACAUCAAUGCUAAAAGCAAAAACUCAAGAAGUAGUGUGUUAAUUGGGGGACUGGACGGGGGGAGAUUACUGAAAUUACCAUGAACUAGCAACCUGCAUUUCUGUAGUGAACCUUUCAUGUUAUCAGGGGAACUGCCAUCCUUUUUAAACCAAAGAAUGAAAAAACUAACAUGAUGGUUUUGUUCUGAUACAAACAAAGCUUUGAAACUCUAUUUUUGAUACUGGUGAUGGAUGUCAUUCCUUGAGGGUCCGAAACCGUCCAAAUUCAACUUUUAUAUUUAAAAAUGCGGGACAAUAAAGAUUAAGUUCUAGAUGUUUACAGAGCCUUGUAUUGUAAUUUCAUGUACAUUUUGUAUUUUAAACAUUUUUGUAAGUUAUGAUUGCAGUGCUACUUGCAGAAAUAAAGGGAAAAAAACUUGCAUUUAGGCUCUCAAAUCGUAG